CGGGCCUGGGUGGGGCGGGGCCUGGGUUCCGACUCCAGCCCCGGGCCAGGGGUUGUCGCUGCUCUCCUGCCCCGCGGGGGCGCCCGCCGGGUCCCCGCGCUGCGCAGAGUCGGGACCAAGUCACAGACAACGGUCGCCCAGCCCAGCCUCGGAGCAGGCCUAGUGACCUCAGCUAUCAGUACAGUCGUGAGUGGGACAACCUCAUCUCCACUCCUCAGUCUCCACCAGGAUCAACUGAGUCUCCUGGAACCCCCUUCGGAGUCCCCCUCCUACCCACAAUCCUCUUGUGCUCCGCCACUUACUCACCUUCCUGUUUCCUAGCAUCCCUUCCUACAGUCACCAGCCCUUACAAGCCCUUCCUCUUUGCCCAUCCCCAGAGGAGACCUCACUUUCCUUCCCCCAUUGGUGACUUUACAUAGUUCUCUGUUUCCUGCUGCGGUCCUAGCAGAUGCCAGCAUUCUAAGUUGCAUCCUGCCAACUCUGUAACUUCUCUCAAAGCUCCCCUGUGUCUUCCCUUAGUGUUCUAGAACAUUCAAUCCCACUGGUACUUCAUCAUGUCCCUAUUGACAAUAAGCAUGACACCUCUGGUGUCUUCAUCUCCCCCGUAAACACUGCCUUCACCUAUUUUUCUGGUGCCCCCAUCUUUGCGCUCUGGUUGUUGUGCAGAAACCCCCACUGACAUUAGUCCCACCUCUUAUCCUAUCUCCAUCACUCCUUGACGUUCUUCCUCUCAAGUUCUCCUUUUGCUUAGCCUACCACAAAGCAACUCGGAUCUCACUCCUUGUGAACUGUCUCCUGUGAUGCUUCCCUGAGCCUCCAAAGAGGGGGCUCAGGGGGCCUGAUGGCCUCCCGCCCCCCGUGGCCCUGUAGCCCCAGUGGGCCAGGGGAAGCGCCUGGGAAGUCCCAUCGCCCAGGAUGGACAACAGCACGGGCACGUGGGAGGGCUGCCAUGUGGACUCUCGAGUGGACCACCUCUUCCCACCAUCCCUCUACAUCUUCGUCAUCGGGGUGGGGCUGCCCACCAACUGCCUGGCCCUGUGGGCAGCCUACCGCCAGGUGCGCCAGCGCAAUGAGCUGGGCGUCUACCUGAUGAACUUGAGCAUCGCAGACCUGCUGUACAUCUGUACGCUGCCGCUGUGGGUCGACUACUUCCUCCACCAUGACAACUGGAUCCACGGCCCCGGCUCCUGCAAGCUCUUUGGCUUCAUCUUCUACAGCAACAUCUACAUCAGCAUCGCCUUCCUGUGCUGCAUCUCCGUGGACCGCUACCUGGCUGUGGCCCAUCCGCUGCGCUUUGCGCGCCUGCGCCGGGUCAAGACAGCAGUAGCUGUGAGCUCCGUGGUCUGGGCCACCGAGCUAGGCGCCAACUCGGCACCGCUCUUUCAUGACGAGCUCUUUCGUGAUCGCUACAACCACACCUUCUGCUUCGAGAAGUUCCCCAUGGAGCGCUGGGUGGCCUGGAUGAACCUGUACCGCGUCUUUGUGGGGUUCCUCUUCCCCUGGGCACUCAUGUUGCUGUGCUACCGCGGCAUCCUGCGGGCCGUACAGAGCAGUGUGUCCACCGAGCGCCAGGAGAAAGUCAAGAUCAAACGCCUGGCCCUGAGCCUCAUCGCCAUCGUGCUGGUGUGCUUUGCACCCUACCAUGCUCUCUUGCUGUCUCGCAGCGCUGUCUAUCUGGGCCGGCCCUGGGACUGUGGCUUCGAGGAGCGAGUCUUCUCUGCCUACCACAGCUCCCUAGCCUUCACCAGCCUCAAUUGCGUGGCUGACCCCAUCCUCUACUGCCUGGUCAACGAGGGUGCCCGUAGUGACGUGGCCAAAGCCCUGCACAACCUCCUCCGCUUCCUGGCCAGCAACAAGCCCCAGGAGAUGGCCAAUGCUUCCCUCACCCUGGAGACACCAUUGACCUCCAAGAGGAGCACCACCGGCAAAACGUCUGGGGCUGUCUGGGCAGUGCCUCCCACUGCCCAGGGGGACCAGGUGCCACUGAAGGUGCUGCUGCCCCCGGCACAGUGAGCCCCAUGCCCAACUGUCAUCCUGCACCCUCCCCAUUGUAUGCAAAUGUAUGUAAAUAUGGCCAUGUGGAUAUUCAUACGAAUACAAGAGAAAAAUGAG